UGUUUUACUCUUUAUUUCAACAACAGUCCUCUUUAGCUUAGCGAAUAAGCUGCAGUGAGUGUUUUUAGCGGAUAUAUAACGUAGACGUUAGCUUGCUCAAAGUUACGUUCGGAAGAAUACGCCGAGAAACACUUCCUAAAACUCGUCUUUUAGCAGCUCUCAGAAAUAUGCCAAAGUUGGAGACCUUGCUGGAAGAUGGACUCAGAUCAGAGUUAAUGCUCAAGCAGCAUCUGAAGGCCCUGAGUGAGACCCUCAGGCAGCAGCUGCAGGAGACACAAAGGAGACAGAAAGAGGAUCUUGAGAGGAGGAUUCAUCAGAACUCUCUGCUGUCAACAGAUUUGGACCCAGAGUCAAGAAAUGAAAUCAAGCAUCAGGCCAAACAUUUGGGAAUGAGGAAAUCUUCCUCUACCUCUGCCCUGACCUCAGGCAAAGAGACAUUGAACCAUCUUAGGCAAUCAGAGAAGUCAUUUUCUCCAGCCUGUCUUUCUUCAAACUGGAAGAGCGGUUCAGUCAGGGCUUCCAGGCUGGCUCCUGCUGGGACACAGUGUGAACGGUUUGCUGUAUCUAAAACAACACAAGAGAUGAGAGAAGAUGAGGCCAUGGCUGAGUGUCAGAGGAAGUUCUGCGCUCGCCCAGUGCCCAGCCACGUCAUCGAGCCGCUCUAUCAGGAGAUGAUGGAGCUGAAGGAGAAGGAGAGGAAGCAGGGCCUUGAGCACAGGAGGGACUUCUGGCUCUCUAGUCAAAGACCUUUCAGCUUCCAGGAGAAACAAAAGGAGAAAAUGGAGAAGCUAAUAGCGUUGAUAAACCAAAACACAGAAGAUCAGAAAACCAAGGCUGCUGCUGUAAGGAAACUUCCUCACAAAGAGGUCAAAGACCCGUCUGAUUCACGCCUGAAAGACCAGGAGCUUGGCAGACAAGUCCCCACUCAGACGGCAGUGCCACAUGAGAAUCGUACCGUGUCAGGCAGCCCCAAACUCCGCACCGCUGAGCGCAACAGGAAAGAAAAGUUGGGUUUUCUGGAUGAGAGACCCAGCUUCCAGCCAAAAAUCCUCCAGCGUGUCCCUGACUUCAGCAGGCUGCACAAAGCCUUGCAGACAGAAGGGCUGAGAAGAUCUCAGAGUAAAGAUAUGAUAAAAUGUCAGCCCUUCUUUCUGAGGACAUCAGCUCUCCCUGCAAGGCAAAGUAGGACCAGCCCUGAAAAAUCGCAGCUACCUACAAAAAGUAAUAUCAGCAGAAGCAAGUCACUUGGGGCCUUAACAUCCCUGUCUGCAGACACACUCCCCACAUAUAUCACAGAUGCUGCAAGGAAGCGCUGCAUGGCCAUCAGAAAGUCAAUGGAGAUAAGGGAUAGCAAGAAUGAAGAGAGUGCCGAGUGGUUGAGGAAGCACCAAACGAGGUCGCAGGCCAUGAAGAAGACUAUCACUCUCCAUGCCAAGCUGCUGGACCCACACGAGAGCUUGAAAGAAGUGUUUAAUGACAAACUUCAGCACCAUCGAGAGGCUGACCAACAAAGGAUGAGAGACUACAUGAAGGAGUUACGGGACAUGAAGGCACGAGUUAGCGAACGGCCUUAUCUCUUCGAACAGGUCAAACAGAAAAACGCAAAGGCUCACGCAGAGCAGACAUACAGGAACACGCUGAAGACAGCUGGUUUAAAGGAGCAUUUUGUUGAGGAAAAUGGAGAAGUAGCAUCUAUAUCUGAGGAGGAUUCAGACGAGAACUGCAGCACGGAGGAAGACAUUCCCAGAAGGGAGGAAAAUGUAGACGACGGGGAGAAAAUUGAAGAUGUGGAGGAGAAGAGCGUGAAGUCCAAACUGGAAGAAAUGCCAUGAUCAAAAAGGUCAAGGCGGCAAAGCGUUUUUUAUGGCCUCUCCGCUAGAAAACAACUCUGUCCUCAAAAAUGAUUUAUGUUACGGCUAACUAUCGGCACCGAGCAUUUGAUAGUUUAGGAUGUG